AUGAAGUCAGACCCCAGCCGUAGGAACCAGAAGAAAUUCUGUAGGUUCCAUGGCGAUGUCGGCCACCACACCAACGAUUGUGCCGACCUCAAGGACGAGAUCGAAAGAUUGAUCCGCGAGGGAAGGUUACAGGAAUUCAGGGCCGAGCGAAGGAUCCGAAAUGACGGCCAUGGUGGGCAGAAUGACGGAGGAGACUCGAGGAGGUCUCAAAAGGACUACGCCCACGAGGCCAGGGGGGUUUAUCAGGAGCGAUUCUGGAGCAUCUCUUCCGCAAAAGCUCCAAGAUACAGCCACACGGAUGUGGCUUUUAACGAGAAUGACGCUAGCGGGGUUCAUUUUCCCCACAACGAUGCCUUGGUGGUGGAAGCCAUGAUAGGAAACCACACUGUGUGCAGAAUCCUGGUGGACAAUGGGAGCUCGGUGGACUUCCUAUACUCCGAUUGCUUGGAGAAAAUGGGGAUCCAGAAGGAACAAUUGGAGAAAACCUCCAGGCCGCUAUAUGGUUUCACAGGCGACUCCGUCAUCCCUCAAGGGACCAUCCGCCUACCCAUAACUGCCAGUGAAAAACCUCGAUAG